UACUUUCAACGGGCCUACAUUUCCCAUGUUGCCCCGCGCUCACGGAAGUGCGUCAUGACGCGUGACCUUGGCGCUGUCGUUCACUCGGUGCAGCCGCAGAGAGGACGAGCAUGGCGAGCAAAGAGCCCGGAGGUUUUCUGCAGCAGCUGCGGCAGAUCGCAGGCAGGAUGUCGUCGGGCCCUCGCGGUGCAGGAAUCGGCCUUAAACUGCUGAUCGGUGCCGGAGCGCUCGCUUACGGAGUGAAGGAGGCAACAUACACAGUUGAAGGAGGUCAGAGAGCGAUCAUCUUCAACAGGAUCGGAGGGAUGCAGAUGGACACGGUUCUGGCUGAGGGACUCCACUUCAGGAUACCCUGGAUCCAGUAUCCCAUCAUCUACGACAUCAGAGCCAGACCCAGAAAGAUCUCGUCGCUCACCGGAAGCAAAGACCUUCAGAUGGUCAACAUCGCCCUGCGAGUUCUGUCCCGGCCGCUGGCGUCCAACCUGCCCGUCCUCUACCAGCACCUGGGUCAAGACUACGACGAGCGUGUCCUGCCCUCCAUCGUGAACGAGGUGCUGAAGAGCGUGGUGGCAAAGUUCAACGCUUCACAGCUCAUCACACAGAGAGCACAGGUCUCCCUGCUGAUCCGCAGAGAGCUGUUUGAGCGGGCCAAAGACUUCAACAUCAUCCUGGACGACGUGGCCAUCACAGAGCUCAGCUUCAGUCGAGAGUACACCGCCGCUGUGGAGGCCAAACAAGUCGCCCAGCAGGAGGCGCAGCGAGCUCAGUUUUACGUAGAAAAGGCCAAACAGGACCAGAGACAGAAGAUCAUCCAGGCUGAAGGAGAAGCUGAGGCUGCCAAGAUGCUGGGCGAGGCCGUGACGAAGAACCCAGGAUACCUGAAACUCAGGAAGAUCCGGGCGGCGCAGAACAUCGCCAAGACGAUGGCGCAGUCCCAAAACAAAGUGUACCUGACUGCUGACAGCCUGGUGCUCAACCUGCAGGACCGAGACAGCUUCAAUAUGAUGCAGAAGUAAGACGACGUCUCCGUCGGUGUGUCAUCAUUCCCCCUGCAGAGAAAAGUUCAUCAUGUUUCACUCAUUGUCCUCUCAGCUGCUGUCGGCUCUGCGUCAGGUUUUCAGGCUGGUCCAGCUUCAUCUUAAAACGUUAACACACAAAAACACUGCUUUUAUUUUGAAAGGUUCUUCUGAUGUAGGUAGAUGUACUCAUUCUUCUUCUUCUCGUUAACGGCCUCAAAAAAAAGUUUUAUUUAAAUAAGAAGUUCAGACGAGUCGAAGUUUCAUCCUGAGUUGGACUUGGACUAACUGUUUUUGUCUUUUUCUGUAUGUUUGAGUUUGUUCCAUGUUUUGGUUUCUGCAGUUCAUCGCGUGAUGCUGGACUGAAGUUACAAAAUAAAUCUCCAGUUUAUGAAUAAAAUGUGAAAAAUGAGACUUGACAUCAGAAGAAACUUCAACAACAACAAAGUUUGACAUGAUUUGUGACUUCAGUCUGGACGUUUGGUCUAAAUCUGACCCUGAUACUCUGCCUGAUCCUGUCCAAGUGAAGCUGUCUGUCUGUCCAUUUAAAAAAAAAAACCUGAUAGCAGUUCA